AUGCUCGAGGAGUUAAAGAAUGGAUUAAAAGGUCUCCACCCAAGCCCACAAUCACCACAUCUACUAUCGUCUAACACAACCAUUACCGAGCAUCAUCUCACCUACCUUUUCAAGCCAUCAUCAUUGAAAAAACCCACCAUCACCGCGCCUUACACCACCUGCCAUCAUCUCAUCACCACCAUUGUGACCCAACUUCAUCACCACAUCACACCUAAAUUACCCGAGGGUGUUGAAGACAUUUCCACAGAUUUUGUAAGACUUGUUGAAGGUGGUAAUUUGAGAAAAAAAACAAAGACAACAUCAUCUCCAUCAGAAGGGGAGAAAAAUACGUUUUAUUCAUUUGUAAUUACAAUUGUAUGAAUACGAUCCAGUUCAAAUGUAUUAGACAAAAAAUCAAUUGUAGUCAUGUAUAAAUACAAGAUUUCA